AUGGCGAACCUUCUGCUGAGAAAAUCCAGAGAAUCGGUUAGCUAUGACGAGCAGUGUGAAGUGAUGUUGAUUCAGUUGUAUGAACGGGUGCGUUAUGUCAGAUACGGUGAAAAACUUAAUUUUACUCCUUCCGAACGCACGUCACUCCGACUAAGCUGGAAUGCCUGGAUCGGAGGAAAUCCGUCUCAAAGGGGAUUUCAAAUGUUCCUAAGAAUGUUCAAAAGUCAUCCCGAAACCCAACUUGCCUUUGAGUUUGCGAAGGGCUCUUCUCUGGCUUAUCUCCAGAACAGCUCGCGCCUACUGUUUCAUGUGAACAGGGUGGUGAAGUACAUAGGCAAAGUUAUUGAAAAUCUGGAUUCCCCUGAAGAGGUUGUGCCUGUUUUGCUGCAGUUGGGCGCAAUGCAUGGACCUCGCAGAUUCAAUGUGCCGUCAGGAUAUUUCCCGCAUCUUGGAGUAGCUAUGCGGGAACUUAUGAGAGAGUCGCUUGGAAACUGGACGGAAGACCUCAACAAAUUAUGGGACGAAUUGUACCAGUGGAUAAUCCAACGUCUUAUAGAGGGACAGCAGAGGGUAGAAAGCUAACCACUAGAAACUAAUUUCAGCAGACGAUAAAUUAGGAACACUCGAAAUCCAGAUUUAAAGCCCCAGCAGCAAAAUAUGAAUACAAAUAGAUGAAAAAUUUUACAAAAUUUAUUGGAUAUACAGUUGAACUAUUUUACAAUCUACAGUGUCAAUAUGAAUGAAUAAUAAAAAUGGAUGUAUUUCCUUU